AUGUCAAGAAUCAACAAAUUACAAGAAACUAAAGAAUCAAUGUCGGAUACUGAUUUAUUCAGAUUGGAAGAUCCGUUUAUGACAAAAGAAUCAAUACCUCAUGAUUUAAGUGAACCAAAUAUAUCUCAAAAUAAAGGUCCCGAAGAAUUUAAAAGUAUCAAUGAAAAAAUUAAUCAUGUUGAUAGUAAAGGUGAAGAAAAUUUAAGUUAUUUGCAGAAAUUAGGAUCAAGUAAAUUAAAUAAUCCUUUUAAUAAUUUUGGAGUUCGUUCAUACAAUGACAAAAAUAUGAAUAAAGAUAAAUCAUUAAACAAAGAAUCCCAAAAGAACAAAUCAAUAGAAAAUGAUGAUGAUGAAGAAGAUCAUAUUGAUGAUUUUAUUAAUCUAUUGGGGUAA